GUCGUGACCCCGGAAGGACUCCGCCUCCCGCAGCCGGAGGUGCGGGCGGGCGGGCGCGGGAGGGCGCGCGGGCGACCGGCUGCGGAGAGGACCGCGCUCCGAGCGCGGGGCCGAGCGGCGCGGCAGAGAACGGGGUCUCGAUAUGUACCUCUGCCUGGCCUAGAACUCACCUUGUAGACCGCACUGAUCUCAAACUCAUAGAACUGGAACCAAAGGCAUGAAUCAUCACACCUGGCAAGAACUGAGGUUUGCAUCUUUCAUGGAUAAAGCAACCAGAAAUCCCCGUGGCUGAUUCAUUUCUGUUUCAUUGAAUUAAGAUUGGACAGAGGCAUCAUGUCAGAAGAAACAGUCAGCAAACCACAGUUCUCCUUGAAGACAUCAGCAGUAAAAGUGUUUGGUCUCCCUGUGUCUUGGUACUACUCUCUUUCCCAGAUCAAAUUUUCACCAGCAGCUAAAAAGUUGUUUAUAUUCACUGCUGUGAGUACUAUAUCUGUAAUUUUUCUGGCUCAUCACUUUAAAAGAAGACGUGGAAAGAAGAAAGGAAAAAUACAGCCGUGGGAACCAGAGCACCUCAUACUUGAGCAGACUAAAAGAGCAGCAUCAGAUAAAGGCUCAAGUUGUUCCAGUAGUAGACAAAAUUUGACCUUGUCAUUAAGUUCCACCAAAGACAAAGGAUCUCAACCUUGUCACUUCGCUAAUGGAGGACUUUUCAGCAAAUACUCGGAUUCUGCCCAGAGCUUAGCCUCUGUCCAGAGUGUUAACUCCUGUCACAGCUGUGCUUGUGGAAAUUCAAACUCCUGGGACAAAGCAGAUGAGGAUGACAUCAAGCUUGUUAACAUUCCUGUGACCACCCCUGAGAACUUGUACUUGAUGGGCAUGGAGCUGUUUGAGGAGGCGCUGCGCCGGUGGGAACAAGCUCUGACCUUUCGCAGUAGACAGGCUGAAGAGGAAGCCUGUAGCUCUGUUAAACUGGGAGCCGGAGAUGCCAUUGCAGAAGAAAGUGUGGAUGAUAUUAUCAGUUCAGAAUUCAUCCAUAAACUUGAAGCUCUGCUUCAAAGAGCAUAUCGUCUCCAAGAAGAGUUUGAAGCUACCCUUGGGGGAUCUGACCCCAAUUCCCUUGCAAACGAUACUGAUAAAGACACAGAUGUGAGCAUGAAGGAGAAUAUGGAUGACUUUGGCCUGCAAGACACCUUGAACAUUGAAUCAGCAGAUCUCUUUGCUUCAACAACAGAGCUUACAGAACAUGGAGAAGCACAGCACACCUACAGCCUGGAAUCUUUUUGUCGCUGCCCUUUUUAUGAAGAAGCCAUGCAUUUAGUUGAAGAAGGAAAAAUUUACACCAGAGUACUGAGAACUGAGAUGCUGGAGUGCCUUGGAGACAGUGAUUUUCUCGCCAAACUUCACUGUAUUCGGCAGGCUUUUCAGCUAAUCCUUUCAGAAGCGGACAACAGGACAUUCCUUGCAGAAAGCGGAAGGAAGAUUUUGUCAGCUUUAAUUGUGAAAGCACGGAAGAAUCCAAAGAAAUUUGAAGAUGUUUUUGAUGAAAUGAUCUAUUUUUUAGAGCAGACUGAUCACUGGGCUAGUACUGAGAUGGAACUUGCUGCCAGAGGGGUGAAAAAUUUAAAUUUUUAUGAUGUGGUUCUGGAUUUUAUAUUGCUGGAUUCCUUUGAAGAUUUAGAAAACCCGCCGACAUCCAUACAGAGUGUAGUGAACAAUCGCUGGCUCAACUCUUCCUUCAAAGAAACCGCUGUAGCAUCAAGUUGUUGGUCGGUGCUGAAACAGAAAAGGCAGCAGAUGAAGAUUUCAGAUGGAUUUUUCGCCCAUUUCUAUGCCAUUUGUGAGCAUAUAAGCCCUGUCUUAGCCUGGGGCUUCUUGGGUCCUAGAAAUUCUCUCUAUGACUUAUGUUGCUUCUUUAAGAAUCAAGUUCUUUUCUUUCUCAAAGACAUCUUUGACUUUGAGAAAGUGCGCUAUUCAAGCAUAGACACGUUGGCGGAGGACCUUAUGCGUCUACUCAUCCGCCGCACAGAACUGCUGGUUGCCUGCCUUGGUGCAGAUGCCCUGAGGCAUGCCACUACCUGUACUACUGGACACUGCCAUGCCGUGCCCACAGCUCUGUUAGAAGCCAAAGUGCAAUAAGUGCAGAAGAGCUUUGCAGAUGCCAUCAGGACUUUAGGAACUACUGACUUAGUGAGGUAUGCCUCAGAACCCACAAAAUUGAUGAUGUGGACUCAGGGAGGAAGAAAAAAAGUUCACAGAAGGUGAUUGUACUGAGCUUAUUCGGCAGCUCUGUCAUUGAAUCCACAUGAUGUAUCCAGAGAGCUGUUUCAGUAAUCUUUAGGUGAUAGUUUAAGUUGUAAACUGUUACUUAUGUUUUGGCUUUUGCUUGAAUUGAAGCCAAUGCUGUAGGAGUUAAUUGUCUUCACACUAUCUGGAAUGUCCAGUAUCAUUCUCAGAACGUGUCUUGACACUUUGCUCCUUGAACAUACACUAGCUCAAGAUGAUUGUGGUUCACAUGUGAUUUAACGACUUCUAGUGUCAAUAUACUUAACUUUGCCUGAAAUGUGUUCAUAACCAUAGUUACUUCGCUGUUCAGUCGCGUGUAGGCAGUAGAGGUGUUUCACUGCGCUGUUCACCUGCUGCUUGUAUAUUUGCUUAUGUAUUUCAAUCAAAAACUAGGAUCACAGAGGGUUGGUGUACAGAACUCGGUGAAAACUGACCAGUUUAUAGAGUACACCCUGUGGAGGGCUUGGUAGUUUCCGGAGUAUGUUACGACCGUCCUGGAAGCGAGAGUACACUGAAGGAUUUUUAUCUUCUUAUAAAAUGGAGCAUUUUCCCUCACAGGAAUAUUAAAUUUGAAAAUAUAAUUUGCCAAAAAAAAUUAAAAAUGUAUCCUCACUUAACUGUAACUUUGAGGCUGGCUUAAGGCAUUAAACUUCAUAGAAUAAGAUAACUACCUUUCUGUUUCCACAAAACAAACCUGUAAUCAUCUAUACAAAGCAUUCAGCACACUAGAACUUUGACGUGUUAUGAGCAAAUUUUAAAACUAUUCAUACUUUGGGCUUGGGUUUUAAAGGAAUUUUCCUCUCAGAUAUAGAACACAGAUAUUUUAAACGAUAUGGGAGUGUGUUUUAUAUCCUUAAGAUAUGCAUAUGAACAAGUGGGCUGUUACUAUAAGUAAGCUUCAAAGUAUAUAUUUUCAAGGCCUCAUUAGUUUUGCUUUAUCAUGUUUUCACCAGUGGAUCAGAUUUGCUGUCCUCAAGUGGGCUUAAAUUCACUUAAGAGUGAGUUAUAUAGAAGGAUUUGAAAUGUGUUUUUUUAAAUGCAUUUUUGGAUUAAAGUGCCUAGAUUAAGGUUAUUGAUGAGAAAGUAAUAAGAAGUGAAAAGAAGUUUAAUUUUUUAAGAUUUUAAAUGUAUAUAUACAUCAAAGUUAUGUAAAUUAAUUACAAGAUGUAAAAGUUAGACUUGUGCCAUUUGUGUGUACAGGCUCUUAGGGCCUUAAAUGUCUGUUUUAACUAGACAGCGCCUUGCCUUCUAUAUCAUUUCUUGGUUUCCUGGUUUCCUAGUUUCCUACCCAUGUCACAGUAGAUGUUUUCACCUUCUGAGAUGUCAGUAGAUAUGACACACUCGCGUGCCUGCACACGCCUGUUAGCACAUAAGCAACACAGUUAUGGAUUUUAUUGAUUUAUUCAUUGGAGAGCUAAAUGUUUCGUGCUGUGAUUUUAAUAAACAGCUGUAAGUGAGCUACCUUUUGGGGGAAAAUACUCCUUGAAAUAGUUUUGAAGAAUUGCACUGUAAAACAGGAAUGCUGCAAGGACGUGAGAUAGCCUUGGUGGGUGGCCUUUCCGAAACGUGUUUCAUUUCUCCCUGGUUUUGUGUUUGUUUGUUUUUUCAGACAGGCUUACUCUGUGUAGCUCUGUCCUGGAACACUUUGUAGAGCAGACUGGCCUUGAACUCACAGAUACCCAUCUGCCUCUGCCUCCAUAGUUCUGGGAUUAAAGGUGUGUACCACCACAACUGGCAGUUUCUCCCUGUUUUUCAACCUCAGUUAAAAAAAAUAAAAUAAGAGCUGGAGAGAUGGCUCAGUGGUUAAGAGCAUCAUCCGCUCCUCCAAAGGACCCAGGUUCAAUUCCCAUUUCCACAUGGCAGCUCAAAAACUGUAACACUAAUUUCAGGGGAUCUCACACCUUCAACACUAAUGCAUAUAAAAUUAUAUAAAUCAUUUAAAAUAUUUAAAAAUAAAAUAAAAUGCCCACCUUCAAGAAAGGGUUGAUUUGUCAAACUCAGUGCUUAAGUUUGAUUAGUUUCUGGUGAGCUAAUUAACUAGAAUACUAACAAGAUACUUUCUUUGUGGCCUUUGACAAAAGAGAUAAGAAUGACCAAAUAGAAUUUGGGAGCAAUAAAUGUAGGAGAAAAAUAUUUUGAGGAAGUGGGGUGUACCAUUUUAAAGGAAAAUGUCUUUUUAAAAAGAACAUCUCUGACUUUUGAAAAUAUUUAUGCUAUACAUACUAGUUUUUAUUUGCCUUAAAAUUAAACAAAGAAGCAGUGCUUUAAAAGAUAAAAAUACAGGAUCAAACUAGGCUAGAGCCUAUUAGGGAACAAAGAAAAGGUCAGCCUAAUUGGACUCACGGCCUUGACUGAAGCUAGCCUGCACAUGCAAGGUCUGAGCAGGCAGAGAGCGAGUCCUGAGAGAACGGCCUAGUCCUCUUUCCUGACGCAAAAAGGAUAAACAUUCAGCUGAUUUCUUUUCCUUUAUUUGUUUCUUUCUCUGUGUUCUUGUUCAACUAAAAAGAUAGUAUUUCUUCCCAAAGGUUAACAGCGUGUUCCUGAAAUGUCAAAGCAGAGCUGUCUCUUUAUAAGAAGCCAUUUUUUAAUUCUGUGAAAGUCAGCUCCAAAGAGCCGUAUCUGUCGCCUGAAAUAAUACUCAUCACUUGCAUCUAUUCACCAUGAUUCUGUCGGCUUGCUGAGUUAGCUGACUAUAGAAAGUAUUUACAGAUGUUUCCUGGCUUCAACUUCCCGCAGUGAGCCUGGAAAUGAGCAAUGCCAGAGGAGGGCGCGCAGAGCGGUGGUCAGCUGCCCUGUGGCCUGUCAUGACCAGAGCUGUCAGUUAUGUUUAUAACUCUUGUUUCUAUUUUUAAUAUGAACAUGGAUUCAGAAAUUAAUUGGGCUGUAAUUUCAAACUGACUAUGAGAAUUAGGCUGAUUUAAAACCUGUAAAAUUUUUAACUAAGAAAUAUGUAUGUGAGAAGUAAAUGUUUAUAUUAUCUGUGAUAAGUGAAAAUAGGAAAUGCUUUGUUCUUCAUGAUUAUAUCAUUUUACUGUCUCCUUGACUGAGCUCAGCAAGUCUGUUUCUUCAGUGUGAAAACUAAACUCAUUAAUCUGUGUAAAGGUGAAGCGCCGCAAGAGCAGACAGCAGGGCUGGCCUCCAACAAGUGCUGGGUGGAGCGUGUUUCUGUUCCAGCCAGCUGAAGAAGUGAUGGGAUCCUAGUGAUAUGCUUCGUGCUUUAAGUAACGUUUUCUAGGACUCAACAAGUGCCUCAGCAGGCCUGCCCUUUGGCCUGAGGCCACACACGGAGGCAGAGACAGGCCACUCUAGCACUGACAUCAAAAGUACAAUAUUGCUAAAUAUUUUCCUGUGCUAACAUGGAAAUAAAAACAGAAUUAUGGUGGAUAAA